AUGCAUGCCAUCAAUCGAAUCACAUCAAUAGUAAAUCAUAAAUCCAUCAACCUGUCAAACUCGGAUUCGAGUUGCUCAUGCGUCCACGGUUUAGGCGCUUCAUCGAACCAUGCGUCGCGCGAGGCGCCGCGGCAACAUCUAGCAGUAUUUGAUGCCGUAGCAGCUGGGGCUGCACAGAUCCAGCGAAGCACGCGAUGCGGAGGGGAUUCGGGACUUGCUGCUGCGUGCAAGGUCUCGGCUCGGGGAGCAACGCGAGUACAAGGCCGCCGCGGGGGUCGAUGCUGUCGCGGAUGGGAUGCGCACACCCGAUUCGAGCCCGACGACGAGUGCGACGAGGCAACUCUCGCAACAGGUAGACCAUGGGGGCAGCAGCGCCAUGGGAUGUUGUCGAUGGACGAUGAGGGCGCCAGCGAGGUGCUUCAGAAGAGGAGUGUGCUGCUCCUACAGAAGGCUGGGCGCUGAAGCGCUGAGCAUAUUCCU